AUCUGAGACGUUUCAGAUUCAGAAUGGUUUUAAUGACGAUGAUUGCCAGGGUGUAUGAUGGUCUGCCUCUUGCAGCUUCGGUCCAAGAGGACGAACAAACGGGAAAGAGUAUCUUGGAAUACCAAAACCAAGCAAAGAGAUUGUUUAAAACCUUGAACGAUGUUAGUCCUAGUCGGUGCUCCAUAGAAUCUGGACCAUACAUCUUCCACUACCUAAUAGAGCAACAAACCUGCUUUUUAACUCUGUGUGAUCGAACCUUCAGUAAAAAAACAGCGUUUUCAUUUCUUGAAGACCUUGCCGGAGAAUUCCAAAGCCAGUUUGGUCACAAGAUAAACACUGCAACCCGACCCUACUCAUUUAUCGAGUUCGAUACAUAUAUACAGAAAGCUAAGAAAACCUACGGGGAUUCCAGAGGACGGAGACAUUUAUCGAACUUGAACAGCGAGCUCCAGGAUGUACAGAGAAUCAUGGUUCAGAACAUUGACGAUGUUCUUCAACGGGGAGCAAUUCUAUCUGAAUUAGAGAACAAAUCUGCAAACUUGACAGAAAUGUCAAGAAAAUAUAAAAAGGAUGCAGAAACAUUAAAUGCAACUUCUCUAGCUGUGAUUGCAGGUGCCUGCGGUGGGUUCUCUCUUUUAGUUCUAAUUCUCUACUUCUGGAUUUUUUAAACUAUCUUGUAUUUGUUUGUGAAAAUUUUAUAUUUUUACUGAAAAUAUUUAUUUAUAUAAAUAAAAAUAAAAAAAGAUGUUAUAUAAUGUAAGUCGCAAAAUUCCUAAUUAUCAGUUUAGUUCGUAAAUCAAUUUUUAAGAAUAUUUUAGUGCCACACUAUCUGUUAGGCCUGACAGGUUUUAUUUUAAUGAUUGGUAAGUGCUCUGUUUGUUGUUCAACCAUACCAGUGAUAUAUUUCAGCAUUUCACAAGAUUCUAUUUUUCCAGA